AUGUAAAUUACAGAUGAGAAAAAGAAAAUAAUGGCUGUCAUAGGAGUUAUUAUAUUAUUGCUUGGAAUCUUAUAUCUUGUAGAUUGGUUGAUUGUAUUGCAAUUUGGAUUUCUAGGUCACUUUAUCUUUUUUGUUGGUUUAUAUGUUUUCAUAAAGAAUACAAUUAGGUUAUUUGUAUUUCCAGGUUCUUAUUGGUUAUGGAGAAGGAAUGUGGAAAAUAGAUAUGCUAAGGCAUUAGCUAAAAGAGCAAAUAAAAGGAUGGAAGAUUUAUAAAAUUUGAUAAGGAAAUUACUAUAGAUACCUGACACAAAAGAAAUCAAAGUUGAAGAUUUAAUACCAAUUAAAAAAACCUUGCAGUCUUUUUUAAAUACUUUUUCAGCAUUAAACUAUAGAAAAGAAUUGAAUGAAUAAUAACAAAAUCUCUUUGGUUUAUGUCAAUAAUUAGAACAGAACUUAAAGGAUGUUCUAAUCGAAUCUAAAUCUCUCUAUGAUCACUUAGAUAAUCCAUCGGAUUUAAUUAACUACUCUAAAUAAACUGUGCAAGUCGAUUCAGAACUAUGUUCUAAUAUACUAGUAAUUUUGGAAAAGUUAACUCAUUAAUUAUAAGAAAUGUACAUGCCUAAAAACUUUAUUUUAGAAGCUGAAAGAUGGAUCUUUAAUAAGACUCUUGGAACGGUUGAUUAAAUGAGAGUCGAAUUAGAAAAUACAUUUAGAACUAGAAGAUUAAAGGUGCAAGGAUAUGAUGGGAAAUUGAUUGAUUGUUUAUACAUAUGUGCAAACGAGGAUGAUAUGGAGAACGAUAAAGCAGUUAUAUUUUGUUAACCGAAUGCUGGAUAUUAUGAAUACAUGUAUUAUGAAUCAGAAUGGAUUGAUUAUUACUUAAGACGUGGGAUAUCCAUGUUUUUAUGGAAUUAUAGAGGCUAUUGUGAAAGUCAAGGAUUGCCAAAUACAAAGGAUAUCAUGAAGGAUGCAGAAUCCAUUUGUGAUUAUGUAACAUCUCAAUUGAAAGUGAAUUAAUUGAUAUUUCACGGUGAAUCUCUAGGAGGAAUGGUUGCAUGUCAUUUGGGUAGAGUCAGAUAAUGUAACUUACUAUUUGCAGACAGAACCUUUUCAAGUAUAAGCAAGAUUGCUCAAGUUGGAUUUUCGAAAUAUGCUAGCUUUUUAUUUAAAUUGUUAACACCAUGGGAUUAUGAUUCUGCAAAAUCUUAUGUCGAAUGCCAAAGCUAUAAGAUUUUAGCCUUGGAUUAGAAAGAUGAAGUCAUUCCAUUUCUAUCAUCACUUAAAGUGGAUGUCACAAGAUAAAUAUUCUUGAGAGAAUUUGGAAGUUAAUAUUAAACUGAUGAGAAUUUUAAAUAAAGUGAUCAUAGUGACACACUUUGCUAAAAAGUCUUAAGAUACAUUCCUUGGAUAUCAAAAUCAGGGAGUACUGCCUUCUAUGAUAUUUGGUAUACUCAGUUAUUAAAUAAAUAAGAAAUGCUCACGUUUUUUGAUGCAAACAAAAGAAUCCAAUCUAUCAUGAAAUAAUUAGAAACUGAAAGAAUCAAAAAAACUUUAGAUGAUUCCUCUUCAAUUUAUUUAAAUGAAUCACAAGAAAUCGAGGGGCAAAUGUCAUAGAGUUAAAAUUCAACUGUUGAUAUUGAUGAGGUUACUUAAUUGGCAGGACCUUAUACUUUAUCUGAAUAAGAGAAAUCUAAUGAAAAUCUCCUGCAUUUCAUUAAGAAAAUUUCUGAAUGCUUUGAAUCCUUUGAAACUGCUUCUAUGACUUUGAAUGAUGUGUUUUCGAUUUUCAAAGAAUCACAACAAUAUGAGGUCUUUCUGGAUUACCUACUUAGUAUAUUCUUUUGGGGGUCUUACCUCCCUCUCAAAAAUAUUCCAAAAAAAAAAAUGAAUACUGUAGUUUGUCAGAAGUUAGCUUUCGCAAGAUUUACUUCCAACAUUAAUAAAAUUGAAACUCUAAUUAAGAAUGAAAAAAGUAAUUUAGAUUCUCCUAAUGGAACUAGGUUAAUUUAAGAUUUGGAAUUAAUUAUUUAACGAUUAAAGUUGAUAAGGGAUAACUUUAAAAAAACAAUGAGAAACUAACUACAAUAACCAUCACAUCAAUCAAUUUAAAUCGAAAUGAAGGAAACAGAAGAAAAAAAAUCAAAAGCAUCCAAAAUUAAUGAAUCAUUAAAGAAUUAGUUAGGAUCCUUAAUUCCCUUAGGAUGUGGUCAUAACGGAAAUUUGAAUCAAACAGAAGUAGAAGUACUUGACUUUCAUAUGUUAUAAGCUGGAGUUGUAAAAUAUUGA